AUGGCCGUCCGGUCCGGCCUGUGGCCAGCGCUCCUGGGCAUAGUCCUCGCCGCCUGGCUCCGCGGUUCAGGUGCCCAGCAGAGUGCCACGGUGGCCAACCCGGUGCCCAACCCAGUGCCCAACCCGGUGCCCGGCUCCAGCCCAGACCUGCUUCCCCACUUCCUGGUGGAGCCUGAGGAUGUGUACAUAGUCAAGAACAAGCCAGUGCUGCUGGUGUGCAAGGCCACACCCGCCACACAGAUCUUCUUCAAGUGCAACGGGGAGUGGGUGCGCCAGGUGGACCACGUGAUUGAGCGCAGCACGGAUGGGAGCAGCGGACUGCCCUCCAUGGAGGUCCGCAUCAAUGUGUCGAGGCAGCAGGUGGAGAAGGUGUUCGGGCUGGAGGAGUUCUGGUGCCAGUGCGUGGCGUGGAGCUCCUCGGGCACCACCAAGAGUCAGAAGGCCUAUAUCCGCAUUGCCUAUUUGCGGAAGAACUUUGAGCAGGAACCACUGGCCAAGGAGGUGUCGCUGGAGCAGGGCAUCGUGCUGCCCUGCCGCCCACCGGAGGGCAUCCCCCCAGCCGAGGUGGAGUGGCUCCGGAACGAGGACCUUGUGGACCCAUCCAUGGACCCCAAUGUGUACAUCACGCGGGAGCACAGCCUAGUGGUGCGACAGGCCCGCCUGGCCGACACAGCCAACUACACCUGCGUGGCCAAGAACAUCGUGGCUCGUCGCCGCAGCGCCUCCGCUGCUGUCAUCGUCUAUGUGAACGGUGGGUGGUCGACGUGGACUGAGUGGUCUGUCUGCAGCGCCAGCUGUGGGCGCGGCUGGCAGAAAAGGAGCCGGAGCUGCACCAACCCGGCGCCUCUCAACGGGGGCGCCUUCUGUGAGGGGCAGAAUGUCCAGAAAACAGCCUGCGCCACCCUGUGCCCAGUGGAUGGCAGCUGGAGCCCGUGGAGCAAGUGGUCAGCCUGUGGGCUCGACUGUACCCACUGGCGGAGCCGUGAGUGCUCAGACCCCGCACCGCGCAAUGGAGGCGAGGAGUGCCAAGGCGCUGACCUGGAUACCCGCAAUUGUACCAGCGACCUCUGUGUGCACACUGCCUCCGGCCCAGAGGACGUGGCCCUCUAUGUGGGCCUCAUAGCCGUGGCCGUGUGCCUCCUCUUGCUGCUGCUCGUCCUCAUUCUUGUGUACUGCCGCAAGAAGGAGGGACUGGACUCGGACGUGGCUGACUCGUCCAUCCUCACCUCAGGCUUCCAGCCCGUCAGCAUCAAGCCCAGCAAAGCAGACAGUCCCCAUCUGCUCACCAUCCAGCCAGACCUCAGCACCACCACCACCACCUACCAGGGCAGUCUGUGUCCCCGGCAAGAUGGGCCCAGCCCCAAGUUCCAGCUCACCAACGGGCACCUGCUUAGCCCACUGGGCAGCGGCCGCCACACGCUGCACCACAGCUCGCCCACUUCGGAGGCGGAGGACUUUGUCUCCCGCCUCUCCACCCAGAACUACUUCCGCUCCCUGCCCCGCGGCACCAGCAACAUGGCCUAUGGGACCUUCAACUUCCUCGGGGGCCGGCUGAUGAUCCCUAAUACAGGCAUCAGCCUCCUCAUCCCCCCGGACGCCAUACCCCGAGGAAAGAUCUACGAGGUCUACCUCACACUGCACAAGCCAGAAGAUGUGAGGUUGCCCCUAGCUGGCUGUCAGACCCUGCUGAGUCCCAUCGUUAGCUGUGGGCCCCCCGGAGUCCUGCUCACGCGGCCCGUCAUCCUCACCAUGGACCACUGUGGGGAGCCCAGCCCCGAGAGCUGGAGCCUGCGCCUCAAAAAGCAGUCCUGCGAAGGCAGCUGGGAGGACGUGCUGCACCUGGGGGAGGAGGCGCCCUGUCACCUCUACUACUGCCAGCUAGAGGCCAGCGCCUGCUACGUCUUCACGGAGCAGCUGGGCCGCUUCGCCCUGGUGGGAGAGGCCCUCAGCGUGGCUGCCGCCAAGCGCCUCAAGCUGCUCCUGUUCGCCCCAGUGGCAUGCACCUCCCUCGAGUACAACAUCCGAGUCUACUGCCUGCACGACACCCACGACGCACUCAAGGAGGUGGUACAGCUGGAGAAACAGCUGGGAGGACAGCUGAUCCAGGAGCCCCGCGUCCUGCACUUCAAGGAUAGCUACCACAACCUGCGCUUGUCCAUCCACGAUGUGCCCAGCUCCCUGUGGAAGAGCAAGCUGCUCGUCAGCUACCAGGAGAUUCCCUUUUAUCACAUCUGGAAUGGCACACAGCAGCACCUGCACUGCACUUUCACCCUGGAGCGCGUCAGCCCCAGCACCAGCGACCUGGCCUGCAAGGUGUGGGUGUGGCAGGUGGAGGGCGACGGGCAGAGCUUCAACGUCAACUUCAACAUCACCAAGGACACGAGAUUCUCUGAGCUGCUGGUCCUGGAGAGUGAAGGGGGGGUCCCAGCCCUAGUGGGCCCCAGUGCCUUCAAGAUCCCCUUCCUCAUUCGGCAGAAGAUCAUUACCAGCCUGGACCCACCCUGCAGUCGGGGUGCCGACUGGCGGACUCUGGCCCAGAAACUCCACCUGGACAGCCAUCUCAGCUUCUUUGCCUCCAAGCCCAGCCCCACAGCCAUGAUCCUCAACCUGUGGGAGGCGCGGCACUUCCCCAACGGCAACCUCAGCCAGCUGGCGGCAGCAGUGGCCGGACUGGGCCAGCCAGAUGCCGGUCUCUUCACAGUGUCAGAGGCCGAGUGUUGA